GCAAUCGAUGGCACCCAUGUACCUGCAUGGGUCUCAGCGUCAGAUCAAGCAAGAUUUCGCAAUAGAAAAGGAGUCAUUUCUCAAAAUGUCAUGGCUGUAGUUGGAUUCGACACUCGAUUCCACUACGUCUUGGCGGGAUGGGAAGGAAGUGCAACAGACUCAAGAGUAUUAUACAAUGCACUUGAUCAUCCAACUGACCCAUUUGUUGUGCCAGAAGGAAAAUAUUAUCUUGCUGAUGGGGGUUAUCCAAACAUUGUCGGUUUGCUAACACCUUAUCGAGGGCAUCGAUAUCAUAUGUCUGAAUUUAGUGCACCAGGGGCACGCACACCUAGAACUCAAGAGGAAUUAUUCAACCAUAGGCAUUCAUCACUACGAAAUGUAGUAGAAAGAACUUUCGGCAUGUUGAAAGGACGUUUUCCAAUACUAAAAAUGCAAGUGCACUAUCCAUUGAAAAAACAAGUUCAAAUUGUUCUUGCUACGUGUGUACUGCACAACUUCAUAAUUGAACACAAUCCGAAUGCCGAACAAUUUGUUGAUGAAGAAACUCAGUCGAAUGAUAAUGUUUUCUUAAGCGAACCAGAAAUCGCAAGACAAACACAUCAACGAGGAAGCAACAAUCUUCUGAGAACAGCUAUAACAGGUCAAAUGUUUACAGAUUAUCAGUUGAAUAGUAAGUUCAUUUAUCAGUUAUAACGAAGUUCAUUUAUCAGUUAUUUGUUGAUGUAUAACAAGUUAAAUGUUUAAUGUAUGUUUGACAUCUACUUUGUUUUUAAAUAGGACAACGAAGAUGAAGCAUCAACAUAUAUAUUACAACGAAGAUGAAGCAUCUAUUUUGUUUUGUGAUGAAGCAUCUAUUUUGUAAAGUG